CCCCCCAAAUAUUUGAUUGCUGUCAAUUUCAUUUCAUUUAUUUAAUCGCAUUAAUCGCAUUAGAGCCGUCUAAUCCACUAUGCUUAACUCAAUGAAGAUAGAUACAAUCUAUCGGAUUGCUGUACGAACGAUGAAAAUCUUCCAGAAGGUACGGAGUAGACCCAUCAUCAAGACUGUUAAUAUAUAUCGUAGAAUGAAGUCUGAACAUUUCCUCUAUCCAUCUUCACCAACUAACACGGGCGACGUCCUACAUAAAAUACAUCAUCUCAUGUCCCAGUCGGAAAACGUUAGGAUUCAGCCCCGAUUGUAAGCAGGCUCGCAGGAUGGUCAGCCUCAAUCAAUCAAUUUACGGCAAAGCGCCACCACGCUGAUAGCUUCCCGUCUUGUAUUCUCUGAGUCCGCCUCACUCUCAAUCAAUAUGGACAACCUCAAUCACAACCACGCAUGUGCACAACACCAUCGACUGUUUAAUUGCAUCUUGGCAGCAGGGAAAAUGACAGGAUGGAUGCUUCCAUGUACAGGUCUUUGACGAUUGAUGAAUACCAAAUACGAGUCGUACAUCUCCUCCCAAAGUCUCGCACUGAAUCAGAUCGGACCUUAAACAUCCACAUUGAAUGCGAAUUGAGAUGUGUGAGUUUUACUGGCAAGCCUCGUUAUGAAGCGUUGUCGUAUCAAUGGGGUUCACUACGCGAUCGCCGGAUGAUCUUUAUUAAUGGGCAGAAAUGUCUAGUUCAAGCCAAUCUUUGGUCCGCGCUCAAUCAAUUAAGGAACGAACAUACAGAACGGAUCCUUUGGGUGGACGCACUCUGUAUCAAUCAAUAUGAUACAUUUGAGCGAAAUCAUCAAGUGGGGCAGAUGAGCAAAAUUUAUGAGCAGGCGACAAGAGUGAUUUGCUGGAUAGGUGUUGAUGAAGGGGCAGAAUUCCCUUCCGCUCACAAUAUCGAUUCGACGGAAUUCGUUCCAUCCAUUGCGAUCAGGACUCUCCAAGCUCUCAGUCGAUCUGGUAGACGAUCAGACCAAAAACUACCUACCACGGGACUGCCCUAUUCGCUUUUGCCGUCAAGCCCAAGUCGCUCCCUGGAAUCAUUAUGUCGAUUGUUCUAUCGCCCAUACUGGAAACGACUUUGGAUCGUCCAAGAGUUGACUCUGGCCAAAGAAAUAUUGGUUCAGUGCGGCGAAUGUGACUUUGAAUGGAGAGAUCUCGCUCGAUGUUGUGAUAAUCUAGAACAAAUCUCUGAACAUUGGCUGACUAUUCGGGACAAGAAAGUAUACAGAUUGGUCUGUAAGAUCAAGGAUAGUAUCCCAUGCCGGCUACACCGACAAAGGAAGGAGAGACAAACGUAUGGCGAGCAAGCACACCCACUUCUUGAGCUUCUCUUCACAUACAGCGAAGCACAAUGUGAAGAUAUUCGUGACAAAGUCUUCGGACUACAUAGUCUUGCCCAUGACUGCUGUAAACGAGAAAUACCGGUCGAUUAUGGGAUCUCGAUUCUCGAGAUAUGCUCAAGGGUUCUGAACCAUCAUUUCUCCGAACAUCAAUCACCACUAUUUUACACAGCUAGACAUACGACCGCGGCGCUGCAUAGGCUUCUACAGGCACCAAAACCAGAUGAAUAUUUGCAGCGGAAAAUGCUAAAUUCUACAGCCAAGGCUACACUGAAAUUCAAUGGUACUCUAGAAGGUACCGUCUCAUGGUUGAGUCCCGCAUCUGACGAUCUACCACUUACAGAAUGGGUCCUACCUCACCAAGGCCACGAAACGAUGAUCGCGGAAGUCACUCAAAUCCACGAAAAAAUGAACGAAUUCGGAUUCACCAAGAAUCUAGACACAUACCAGCUCUCCCACAUCGGACAUGCGAAAUACAGCCGCGCAAUUCCAAAAGGUAAUUCGUACAUCGAACUCGACUCGUCCAUCCCAAAAAACGUGUCCAGCCAAAACGAAAGACCCCCUUCUUCCAGCUCCUCCAACCUCGGAAACAAACUCUUAGGGUUCGCCAGGAGCAAAAUACAUCAAGCUCUCAAGUGGCGCGAUCUCGAUAUCAUGUUUCGGAAAGGUCUUGAUCGGACUCCAAUUAUCGGAGGAAGGCCGAGUAAAAAUCGCGUGCGCAUAUCUAUCUCUAGUGAAAAUUUACUGCAUUAUGUACCGGAUAACGCAACCACGGGUGAUCUGAUGUGUCAAAUUGACGAUAGUGAUACGAUACUAAUAUUGAGAUGGGAUGCUAGUGGAACGGAAGGAAAUGGUAGGUAUGCGGUUGUGGGAAGGACAAGCGAGGUACCGCACGCGGGGAGGCGGGAACAGGAAAUCUCAAGGUACGCAGCGAGGGAAAGAGUGAGAGUUUGGUUGGAUGCUCCGACGUUGCAAUUGUUUGAGUUGGGAGGAGGGGCUAGUUCUUUGAGAGUCUUCCUUUUGGAAUGGCACCUGAGACAUUGGAUUUCUCGUUGGUAUUUAAGGGAUCCGGCGUGGACAUGUAGGGUAAGAGGUAGGUAAAACACUCGUGAAUUCGUGGAUAUGUAACAACGCUGUCUACAUCAAGGUGAAAGUUCACAAAUUCCAUCUCAAAUUAUCACCAUAAAAUCACAUAUCUCAAAACAUAUUAAAAAAACAAAAAAAAAAACAACAAAAAAAACAAAAAAAACAAUAACACCCUGCAAACCCCCAUAUUCUUCGUGUAACCCAUUCCUUCCCAGCAAUCUACCAACAACCAAUACCUUCUUACCACCACACCGCAUAACAAGUAUAUACUAUAACUACACGACAUCUAAAUCCCACCCCCACAAACUCAUCACACAUAAAACUCCAACAGUUACUCACUAACCACAUCCAGAAUUUCGCAUAUAGAUAAGAUAGCCCAAACAAAGACCAAGAGUUUGAUAGAAUAUGAGAGUUUUGGAUGCAUUAUCAGCAACGCGAGACAUUGUUGGCUAAUGUAACGUAACAUACGGUCGGUUUGCUAAUAAUGCUGAUGGGGAAAGGAUAGAGGGUAUGCUACAUGUAGAGGGAAGUAAUAGAGUAAAAUAUUUGUAUACGCUCUUCCAAUUUCCCUAGGAGAGAGAAAAACAUAUAUUUGUCUAGUUUUUUCUUUCAUGCACAAAGGAAUUCCUUCCACUCCAAAAGCCAUAACCGCCUCCUCCUACACUUCACACCCUAACAACCGUACAUCUCUUCUCCCCGCUGAUAGAACUCCAAGCCUAGUCCUUCCACACCCCCAAUAUCGCCUCCCA